AUAAAAUUUCACUUGAGAAGGACGUCUCAUCCUCGGUUCGUCAAUCCCUUUAUAGUAACAAUUUGUUAGUGGAAGACAUGGAGCAGAAUGAAGUGAUUGAUGGCAUCCACGCUCCUCGGCAACUUCUGAAUCGAUUUAUCUUCCAUAAACACUCCAUGAGAUUCUAUGAAGUUACUAAACAGUUAGAGGAAAAUCAAUACUGCGAAGCUUGUCAUAUGGUAAUUAGCGGUCCUUGUUACAAGUGUGAAACGUGCUUGUACUACCUACAUGAAAAAUGCGGUACAUUACCAUUUGAGAUGCAAUACCCUUUUCAUUCUAGCCAUCGUCUUAGCCUCUAUACUUCUUAUGCCCAUAGCAUUAUAUGUGAUGAGUGUAGAGACAUAUGUUUUGGCUUCUUUUAUAGUUGUAAUGAGUGUGAUUUCAAGCUCGACGUGAAAUGUGCUGCUCUAACAGCUCAUAAAACUGGUGUUUCGCAACUUAAAGAGAUGGAGAAAGUGGCCGAGUUACACCAUUUCACCCAUCAACAUAAGCUUGUCCUUGGCAAUUUUAUUGACCCUAUAUUGGAAAUAGAUUGUCACGUUUGCAACGUGCCAAUCUUUGGUCUAGCCUAUGUUUGCCCCAAACCCAGCUGCAUUUAUGGAGCUCAUAAAUCUUGUCUUGAAUUACCACAAAAGAUUCAAGUCCCAUUUCAUUUGGAACACAUGUUGAAUUUUUUCAGAUUCGACAAGAGAUUAAGGUGCUAUGCUUGCCGUUGGUUCAUCAAAGGCUCUUAUAAGUAUAGUUGUGAACAGUGUGGCCUCAAUCUCCAUCCUACAUGUGCUAAUUCAUUAAGGCGGCCUCUAAAAUGUGAGUCCCACGUGCACAAUCUUUAUUAUUUUGGGACAAAUUAUCAGCCAAAAGCUUGGUUUCCUGUCUGUAGUGUAUGUGGGGAACUUUGUAAAGCCUUUUAUCGUUGUCUGGAAUGUGCCAUCAAUUUUCACUUGGAUUGUGUACCCAUACCUCGUAUUGUUCACUCCAAAUACCAUGUUCAUCAUUUAACUAUGAAGGAUUCAUUUCUUGAAGAUGAUUCAGGAGAGUAUUAUUGUGAUAUUUGUGAAGAAGAAAGAUAUCCAAAUGAUCAUGUAUAUUGUUGUGAAGAAUGCAACGGUUUAUUUGCUGCUCAUAUAGAAUGCGUGGUUGUUAAGCUGGUUGAAGAUUACACAGUAGUAAUUGAUGAAUUCUCAAGUUUGGAGUUAGACUUUGAGAAGAAUUCUGCCCAGGAUUUAAUUCGUAAUAAUAGCGAGUCAACAGAUCAAGGCAAAGAGGAAGAUUCAACCGUCUCUGAGUCGGAGAAAUCAUCGAGAUCUUCAGAAGAGGAAGAUUCAUCUGCCUCUGAGUUGGAGGAAUAGAAUGCAAGAUCUUCAGGGGAAAAACAAAUUAGGGGACGUAAUGUAGCUUGGUGAUGUCACACUCUAGCAUAGCUUAAAGGAGGGGAAUUCCUUUUCGGAUGACUUAGAAAGAUAUGGUGUUCACAAGGAGUCUUAUGUUUUCUUCGUGGUGGUAGCUGCUCCUCCCCUGUUUUCAUUUAUUGGCUGUUGUUGCGUGGUGGUUGCCGCUUUCUAUCCUGCUGAUUUUCUCUGCUUUCCUUUGUGUUGCCAUUGCUGCUACCUUCGGCUUUGUGGUUGUCUUCAUAUUUAUUGCUUUAUUGUGUUGUUUGUUCUUGCUGGUCUGGUUUUCGGGUUUGUCUGUCCACCCUUGAUCUCUGUCUUCCGGAAGCUGGUGUACCCCAAUUGAAUUGACUUGAUGUUUAUUCAGUCACGUGGUUGCCACUUGCUGUGUAUGAAGGAGCUGUACUCUUCUGGUGAUGGUUGGGAUGGAUCUGCCCAGCCCUGCUGUCCAGUUUUCUCUUGGGUUGCUAUGCUUCUUGUUUGUGGGGGUUGGUUUUAAGCCAUGAGGUUUGUCCACUGUGAAUGGCUAUACUGCUACUGGUUGUUCUAAUGUGUGAAGCUCUUUGGCGCUUAGAACCCU